GAAGGCCAGGCCGGGGAGAAGGCGUUCCAGGCCGCACCUUCGGCGUCGUGAGAUUCCUGUGAGGCGUCGUUUGGAAGCCGGCCGGAAUUUUGCUUCUCUAAAAAGAAAAAGAAGGCUAGGGACUCAGAUUCUUGGAUUCUGAGAUCCCGACCAGCUCCUCCCAAACCUCUCCAGAAGAAGCCAUGGGAACCCCUUGUAUCCAGCAUUUGCUGAUCCUCCUGGUCCUAGGAACCUCCUUCCUGACCUCGGACCUAGAGCUGCGUUGUCAGAAGGGUCUGUCUAUGACUCUGGAAGCGGAUCCAAGCAAUAUGUUUAACUGGACCACAGAGGAAGUUGAGACUUGUGACAGAGAGACACUUUGCCAGGAAACCGUACUAAUGAUUAAAGCAGGGACUGAGACAGCCAUUUUGGCCACGAAGGGCUGCAUCCUGGAAGGGGUGGAGGCCAUAACAGUUGUCCAGCACUCUCCACCUCCCGGCCUGACCGUGAUCUCCUACAGUAACUACUGCGAGGAUUCCUUCUGUAAUGACAAAGAUAGCCUGUCUCAGUUUUGGGAUUUCAGUGGGACCACAGCUUCCACUGUGUCAGCAACACUUCAUUGCCCAACCUGUGUGGCUUUGGGGACUUGUUUCAAUGCUCCUUCUCUUCCCUGUCCCAAUGGUACAACUCAGUGCUAUCAAGGAAAACUUGAGAUCACUGGAGGUGGCGUUGAGUCAUCUGUGGAGGUCAGAGGCUGUACAGCCAUGAUUGGCUGUAGGCUGAUGUCCGGAAUCUUAGCAGUAGGGCCCAUGUUUGUGAGGGAAGUGUGCCCACGUCAGCUUCUCACCCAAUCUCGAAGGACUGAAAGUGGAGCCACCUGUCUUCCCAUUCCUGUUUGGGGGUUACAGCUACUGCUGCCAUUGCUGCUGCCAUCAUUUAUUCACAUUUCCUAAGAAGGCACUUUGGACCUGGCUCGGAGGACAUCAUUUUUGACUGGGAGCCGUCUUACUGUUGGGGUUCAACAAGUUGACGUGUAGGUGGGAAUUUAAGGGAGAACAGAUACUAUGAAUGUAUUUGACAUUUUUAAUACAAUUUCUGCUGUGAUUUUUGUAUGCAGUAGGCAUUACUAAUAAACAUUUCUGCUGUGA